GGGGAGGGAGGGAGGUAAGGAAAAGUUGUCCAGAGGGGACAGAGCUGGCGACAGGGGAGCGAGCGAAGGCGCUCUUGUGUGUGCGUGUGGGGCGAUACAUUGCAACUAUGGGGCCCGAGUGAAACAUUUUCACUUGUUCCUCCGACUGCAAAUGGAGACUUUAUUACUAACGCUGAUCGCCUUCAGUCACUGUCUGAUUGCAACAGGAUCGCCUCUGCUACUUUUUGCUAAUCGGCGUGACGUCAGGUUGGUAGAUGCAGAAUCGGUGAAACCUGAAUCUACUGUAGUGGUCAGUGGUCUGGAGGAUGCAGCCGCUGUUGAUUUUUUGUACACUGAAGGAGUGAUUUAUUGGACAGACGUGAGUGAAGAAGCCAUUAAACAGACGCAUGUGAAUGUAACUGGGAAUUUCCAAAAAGUGAUCAUCUCGGGUCUCGUUUCACCAGAUGGAUUAGCUUGUGAUUGGUUAGGCAAGAAGCUAUAUUGGACUGACUCUGAAACUAAUCGGAUAGAGGUUGCCAAUCUUGAUGGAAUGUAUCGGAAAGUCCUCUUCUGGCAGGAUCUUGAUCAACCAAGGGCCAUUGCUCUUGAUCCACAGCAUGGAUACAUGUACUGGACGGACUGGGGUGAAAUUCCAAGAAUUGAACGAGCUGGCAUGGAUGGGAGCAGUCGUUCCAUCAUUGUGAACUCUGAUAUUUACUGGCCGAAUGGGCUGACAAUUGAUAUAGAGGAACAGAAACUUUACUGGGCAGAUGCAAAGCUGAGUUUUAUUCAUAGAUCCAACUUGGAUGGUUCUUCCAGGCAAAAAGUUGUGCAAGGUACUCUGACUCAUCCAUUUGCCCUGACGUUGUUUGGGGAAACUUUAUACUGGACAGAUUGGCAAACUCGCUCAAUUCACGCAUGCAACAAGAGAACUGGUGAAAACAAACGAGAGAUACUCAUCAGUAUUUACUCUCCUAUGGAUAUCCAGGUCUUCAGUCAAGAGCGGCAGCCACGCAUUCCUACCACAUGUGAUGAAAUUAAUGGAGGAUGCUCUCAUUUAUGCCUUUUGUCACCGAAAGAACCAUUCUUCAAAUGUGCGUGCCCAACUGGUGUCCAACUGAAAAAAGAUGGAAAAAUUUGUAAAGAAGGUGCUGAAGAGGUGUUGCUUCUUGCAAGAAGGACAGACCUACGACGUAUCUCCUUAGACAUGCCAGAUUUCACAGACGUCAUUCUUCAGCUCGAUGAUAUUCGGCACGCAAUAGCAAUAGACUAUGAUCCAGUGGAGGGAUAUAUUUACUGGACUGACGAUGAGGUUAGAGCCAUUCGUCGUGCAUUUCUAGAUGGUUCAGGGGCCCAGACAUUGGUGACCACAGAAGUUAACCAUCCCGAUGGAAUAGCCGUCGAUUGGAUAGCUCAGAAUCUUUAUUGGACUGAUACAGGAACUGAUCGCAUUGAAGUGACUCGUUUCAAUGGCACAUCGAGAAAAAUAUUGAUCGCAGAAGGUCUUGAUGAGCCUCGAGCAAUUGUACUUAAUCCAGUAACUGGCUAUAUGUACUGGACGGAUUGGGGUGAAAACCCAAAGAUAGAGCGUGCAAACCUGGAUGGCACUGAUCGAAUCAUUUUGGUAAACACUUCUCUGGGUUGGCCCAAUGGCUUGGCAUUGGACUAUGCUGAAGACAAACUUUAUUGGGGCGAUGCUAAAACGGACAAAAUUGAGGUCAUCAAUGUAGAUGGAACAGGCCGUAGAAUACUUGUGGAAGAUAAACUUCCUCACAUAUUUGGUUUCACUUUGUUGGGUGAUUACAUCUAUUGGACCGACUGGCAGAGACGCAGCAUUGAACGUGUUCAUAAGCACCGUGCCGAGCGGGAGAUUAUCAUUGAUCAGCUACCUGACCUAAUGGGAUUGAAGGCAACAAGAGUUACAAAAGCAUUUGGAACAAAUCCAUGUUCAGAGAAUAACGGUGGCUGUAGCCACCUAUGUCUAUUUGUGCCUCAGGGUCCACGUUGUGGCUGUCCAAUGGGCCUGGAGCUAAUAAUGGACAUGAAAACUUGCAUUGUACCCGAAGCCUUCCUCUUGUUCUCCAGUAGGGCAGACAUCCGUAGAAUUUCCUUGGAGACCAAUAACAAUGAUGUGGCAAUUCCAUUAACAGGAGUGAAGGAAGCGUCUGCUCUUGAUUUUGAUGUUUCUGAUAACAGAAUUUACUGGACAGACAUUAGCUUAAAGACCAUUAGUCGCGCUUUCAUGAAUGGAAGCUCUGUCGAACAUGUGAUUGAAUUUGGUCUUGAUUACCCAGAAGGAAUGGCAGUGGACUGGCUGUCAAAAAACCUUUACUGGGCAGACACAGGCACCAAUCGAAUUGAGGUGGCACGGCUGGAUGGACAAUAUCGACAGGUUUUAGUGUGGAAAGAGUUGGACAAUCCACGGGCUUUGGCUCUUGAUCCUUCUGAAGGGUACAUGUAUUGGACUGAAUGGGGUGGUAAGCCCAGAAUUGUUCGCUCCCAUAUGGAUGGCUCCAGUAGUGCCGCUCUGGUAGACAGAGUAGGUCGUGCCAAUGGACUUACCAUUGACUAUGCAGAGAAAAGACUGUAUUGGACUGACUUGGAUACAUCAAUGAUUGAAUCUUCAAAUAUGCUGGGACAACAGCGUGAAAUUAUAGCUGAUGAUCUUCCUCAUCCCUUUGGACUAACCCAGUACCGGGAUUAUAUCUAUUGGACUGAUUGGAAUUUGCGCAGUAUUGAGCGUGCUGACAAAAUGAAUGGACAAAACCGAACACUUAUUCAAGGACAUUUGGACUAUGUGAUGGACAUCUUAGUUUUUCAUUCUUCACGGCAAGAUGGUUGGAAUGAAUGUGUGCAAACCAAUGGACACUGUUCUCAUCUAUGCCUUGCUGUGCCAACUGGCUAUAAGUGUGGAUGUGCGUCACAUUAUAUACUCGAUGGCAAUAACAGAACUUGUAGUUCACCCAUUAGUUUCUUGCUAUUCAGUCAGAAGACUGCAAUUAGUCGUAUGAUCUUGGAUGACCAACAGAGUCCAGACAUCAUUUUGCCCAUACAUGGCUUGCGAAAUGUGAAAGCAGUAGAUUAUGAUGCUGUUGACAAGUUGAUUUACUGGAUAGAUGGACGCCAAAAUAUCAUCAAAAGAGCUAGAGAUGAUGGCUCUCAGGCAUUUGUGGUCGUUUCUGGGCCAAAUCAAAGUCAAAAUCCAGAUAUUCAACCCCGUGACUUAAGCCUUGACAUCUACAGUCGGACUGUCUACUGGACAUGUGAAACAUCCAACACUGUAAAUGUUAACAGGCUAGAUGGAAAGCCCAUUGGAAUAGUCCUUCGAGGAGAACAUGAUAGACCAAGAGCUAUUGUUGUCAAUGCAGAACGGGGGUACAUGUACAUCACAAACAUGCAGGAAAGAUCCCCAAAAAUUGAGCGAGCAGCACUUGACGGUACUGAAAGGGAAGUACUAUUUUCAACUGGAUUGAUUCGGCCUGUUGACUUGGCAAUUGACAAUAAACUGGGAAAACUUUUUUGGGUAGAUGCAGAUCUAAAACGCAUUGAAAGUAGCGAUUUAUCUGGUGCUAACAGGCUGACCUUGCAAGAUUCCAGCAUUCUGCAGCCAAUGGGGCUUGCUAUACUUGGAAAACACAUUUAUUGGAUUGACCGCCAGCAACAGAUGAUUGAGCGCAUUGAGAAAACAAAUGGAGAUCAACGUACAAGGAUUCAGGGCAGAAUCGUUCAUCUCACUGGUAUUCACGCAGUGGAAGAGUUGGAUGUGAAGGAAUUCAGUUCACAUCCUUGUUCGCGUGAUAAUGGUGGCUGCUCACACAUCUGCAUUGCAAAAGGGGAUGGCACUCCACGAUGCUCGUGCCCUGUACACUUGGUGCUGUUACAGAACCUACUGACGUGUGGAGAACCACCAACCUGUUCACCGGAGCAAUUUACGUGUGCAACGGGGGAGAUUGAUUGUAUCCCAAUGGCAUGGCGUUGUGAUGGCUUUGCAGAAUGCGAUGAUAACAGCGAUGAGGAAAACUGCCCAGUCUGUUCUACCAACCAUUUUCAGUGUGAAAAAGGCCAAUGCAUAGAUGGACGUUUACGGUGCAACGGUGAAGUAGAUUGUCAAGAUAAAUCUGAUGAGGAAAACUGCGAUGUCAUUUGCCAUCCGAACCAGUUCCGCUGCAACAGUGGUCAGUGCAUUCUGAAGAAGCAGCGUUGCAAUUCAUUGCCUGAUUGUCUUGAUGGAUCAGAUGAACUGCUUUGUGCAGAAUUAACUAAAGCCUCAAUGAAUGAGUUCCAGUCUCAGAGCAGUGCAAUUGGCCCUGUGAUUGGUAUAAUCCUUUCACUCUUUGUAAUGGGUGCCAUGUACUUCGUCUGCCAGCGAAUUGUCUGUCGUCGAUACAAAGGACCCAAUGGACCUUUUCCACACGAAUAUAUCAGUGGAACCCCGCAUGUUCCCCUUAAUUUUAUUUCUCCCACCAAUUCUCAGCACGGCACAUUUACUGGCAUGUCAUGUGGCAAAUCCGUGAUCAGCUCCAUGAGUCUGAUGGGAGGGAGCAGUGGUGCCCCAUUGUAUGACAGAAACCAUGUGACAGGAGCAUCAUCCAGCAGUUCAUCAAGUACAAAAGGAACCUUCUACCCACAGAUUUUAAACCCACCUCCAUCCCCAGCAACUGAUCGUUCUCUCUAUAAUACGGAAAUGUGUUACUCCUCCAACAGUCCUUCCACUACCAGGUCUUACAGACAUUACAUAAUACAAAGUAUUGCACCACCUACAACUCCAUGCAGUACUGAUGUGUGUGAUAGUGAUUACACUACAAGCCGAUGGAAGAGUCCCAAAUAUUACAUGGAUCUGAACUCUGAUUCAGACCCUUAUCCACCUCCUCCUACUCCUCGUAGCCCAUACAUGUCAGCUGAAGAGAACUGUGAAAGUUGCCCGCCAUCACCCCCUUCCACAGAACGAAGUUAUUUUCAUCUCUGCCCGCCACCACCGUCUCCUUGUACAGAUUCCUCCUGAUCAGAACAAAAUAAACAUUUUUAUAAUUCUGUACAUAGCUUUAAAUACAUACAGAGAUAAAGUAUAUUUUAUGAAUUAGAAAUAGCAGGUGGGUAGGAUUAUCCAAAGGAAAGUGUACAGAGAUUGUGAGAAGAAGCAAUGAAAUUUUGUACAGAUGGAAAGAAAAAUAUUUAUGAAUUUCUUUUUCAAGUAAAUACUCCACUUGCAUCCUUGUGUCAUACAUUUAUUGUACAGAGCGAGAUAGAGGAGCAAAAGUAUGAAAUGUUCACAAAUGCUAGCUCAAGCAAUAGUAUGCUUCUGUGCUGUACAUUUCCAGUGAUAUUGGAAAUGAAAUUAUAAAAUGCAAUAUUCAUUGAUACUAAAAUGGACAAUUGUUUCUUUUAUACCUUUUGUACCUAUUUAUCAAAAUUAUAUUUUCUGUUCUUUAGAGUUUAAAUUUCACAUUGAUGAUAUUAUCAAUCAGAUUCUCAACAUGUUCUAUUAUUGAAUUAUGUUCAAAAUACACAACCAUCAAUAUAUAUACCACUAGCCAGAAUUUCUGUAUGUUCAGUAUCAGAGCAGGUUCAGUUGUGUAUCAUUGCUGUUUGUAAGGAUUGUUUAUGAAAUUAAUUAAACUAGCACCUAUCAAGCUCCGAGAGGGUGCAAGUUUAUAACUGAAUAACGUGCCACAUCUGUGUUGUAACUUAACACAGUUACUGAGAGGAAUCUCAGUGUGGGAAGUUGUACUAUACCAUUGGUGCAUUUAAAGAGUACACUUGUGUGGUUGGGAUGAAAAUGUAUUGAAUAAAAUACUUAACCCUAAACCUGACCUAAGGUACCUUACAAUAACCAAAACAGCUGAUGGUAUAAACAGAUCAGCAUUCCACCCUCUUAACAUGGAUAUUCCUUACUUUGAUAAGCACAAAAUUACCUACAAAACAUUACAGGGCAAAGUUCUAUCUGACUGGUGUGUGAUUUGUAAUUUGAUGUUAAAUUAUUUAUCAUGGAUGGCAAAACCAAACUUUUUCCAUUAGGACUUAUUUUAAUGUUUGGCUAUUUUUCUUUUGCUUGUAUAUACAGAAUGUUUUCGCUGUCACUACUGAAAGUAUUUGUAGAAUGCCCUUUGUAAAUCAGUUAUAGAACCUUGCACACCAGUAAUAAAUAACUAAGAUUUUUUUUUGUGUGCAAGCUGCCUUAUUUAUUCAUAGCAUGAAUUUUCAUGCUUAUACCACUAAUUUGCUGUGGCAGUGUUGAAUUUAAGAUGGGAGACUAUUUCCAAAAGUUUUUGACAAUAUUGACGUACGUUUUAUUUUUAACAGUUGCAGGACUUUCCAUUUUUCAAAUUUAUCUCUAUGCUGCAUCAAUGUUAAAUAUGCUUUAACUCAUUAAAUUUCAUUAUGAAAAUAAAAUUUACCGAUUAUAUAUGAUUUUCAGCAGCACAACUGCAAAACAAAAAUACUGUUUUUAGUGCAAAAGCACGCCGACUAUAGCUUUAUAAGACAAAGCAUUUUGCAGAACUUUAGGGCAUCUUUAGUUGUCUUCAUUGCAAUCACUGUAGUUGUUGUAGGUUAAGCUGCAAAUGUGCAGAAUACAGUUUUCUUUAUCUGUAUUUUGAGAUCAAGUUCUGUCUGAUUGAAUUGUCUAACUAUUACAGUAAGGAACAUUAUACCAUAAUUUCAGAAAAAUCUUGUAGUUUUCAAAUGAUUUGCGAGAACAGCUGACUAUGAAACAUUUUGUGUUAAAGUGGAGGGGCAUAUUUCAAAAUGUUCCCUGUUUUGGCUUUAACUUUGUACUAUGCUUUCCAUAAUUAUUUUUAAAACCUUAGCGAAAUGUACACUUUGCUGUACUCGUAUGUAAUCACUCUGAUUAUUCUAGAAGUAUUGUUUCAAUCUUUUCAUCAAUACAAUUUUUUCUUUAUUUUGCUGCACAAAACAUUUGAAUCUAUCAUAAAGCAAAUCAGACUUCCAAAGACUUCUUGCAUUAGUGCCUGGCUUUCGACUCAAAUCAGACUAUACCAGACUAUAGGUGUCAGGUUCAGGGCCAGCUCAGUCCUUUACUGUACUGAAAUGCACCAAACGCAUUAGAGACGGUGUAUUUUCUUCUCUGUGAUUCCGCUUAGAGUUGGUAUAGGUGUGCACCCUGAAUGGAAUUCUCUGAAUGAUGGUAGAGUUGGGUUUUGAUUGGAGAAAAGUUAUGGGAAACAAGUCGGAUUCACAUUGGUUGUUGUUAGGUGUAAACCACGUUUUAAUGUUAUAAACAAACAGAUCACUAAUAUUUUUCAAAGUGGGACUUGGAUUUUAUUUGCCAUUUAUCAAAUUUAAGAAAAAUAAAUUCCUUAGAGGAAUAAUUGGUGGAUUUUUUUCAUCAUUAAUUACAGUAAGGGACAUUAUUAUACCAUGCUGGUUAUUAAUAUCAUCAGUAUAGAAUUCACAUUACCAUUCACUUUUCUUCAAGAAUGCCUUCAAAACACCAAUCACACCCAUUUGGCGGACUGCGGGGGUGAUGCGCCGUUGUGUAUGGCCGCUCCUCCUGCAGUCCGUCCUUUCACCCUUAUUUAUUUUUAUUUUUAGUCCUGUUGGAGGUCUUCUUUUAUGUGGUGGGUGGGGGAGGGGAAGGGGGAAAUUAUUUUUAACCCCAGUCCUACCUGGUCGGAGAUGCGGUUUUUCUCCGAACCGCAUCUUCGUCCUCUCUGUGCGGCCUAGUCGAACUGGAGCAGCGCUGGAGCGGCGUUUCCUGCGGGGACUGCAGCUUCGACGGCGGUGUAGAUGCUGGGACACCUACAAGGAGCGGGCGAUGCCUUGCCGGGUCGCCUUGCGGUAAGCUCCGGGGCACUGUUACCGCCGACAGCACCGCAGAGCCUGGGAUCCGAGAUCGCCAGAGUCGGAGGUUCGGCCGGCGCGGCCUGUGAACUUUGGUCGUUGCAGUCUUCGCGUCGGGAAGCGGCCGCUUCAGUCCAGGCCGCUGAUGGAUGUUCACCGACGCCGAUGGUCCAGCUUCGCGGCAGGAGGGCCUGAAGACACCGGGCUGGCUGAGGAGGCCAGAUAUAGGCCCCGACCUCGGGUGGACUAUGAGGGGGAGAACUGGUUAUUUUUGGUGCCUUCCCUCACAGUGAAUUCUGCUGUGGGGGGACGUUUCAUGUUGAUUUCUAUAGUGUACUGUUUCUGUGUCUUUUUUCUUAUUCUCUUUUUUCUCUUUUUUUGAUUUGUAUGGAUUUAUUGCAUUGAUCUGUUCAAUUAAUUUAAUCAAU